AUGGAUCAGAUAAGGGCCACGUUAGCAGAGCUAAUGGGCAAAUAUGAGCAGAAGGAGGACUUGGAAUCACGAAAGUCAUUCGCCGACCCUGAUGUUUGUAAGCUAUUUCUGACCGGAAUCUGCCCACAUGACCUCUUCGAAAACACGAAAUUUUACAUGGGAGAAUGCGCAAAAAUACACUCUGAAAAGUUGCGAGAGAGGUACUUCAACGAAAGGAAGGACCACUUCUUUGGAUACGAGUUGGAUACCCUAAAGGUGAUUCAACCAAUUUUAGAGGAUUGCGAUAAAAAAAUAGCAAGAGGAAAGGCGAGGGUGGAAGAUGAUGUCGUCAGAAAGAGGACGCUGGACCCAAUGAUCGUUGAGGAGGCGAAGAGAAUAGACAGUCAAAUACAGGCGAAGAUGGCCCUGGCCGAUGAACUCGGGAUGAACGGCGAAGUUGAAGAGUCCCUCAAGAUAGUGGAGGAGGCGGAGCACUUGAAGAAAAGUAAGCUAGAGAUGCUGGAGAAGGCGGGUGAGGGAAGUUUUCAGCAGAGGCUGAAGCCCUGUGACGUGUGCGGAGCACUUCUAUCAGCCACGGAUAGUGACAGAAGACUCACCGAGCACUACAGUGGAAAGAUCCAUGUAGGAUUCCAGAAGCUCAGGGACAUGUCAAAGGCAUUGUCGGCCUACAUCCAGGAAAAUAGGGACAAGGGCAGUGGCUCCUCCCUGAAUAGCACCAGAGAUAGUAGAAACGGAAGGAGAAGGAGCGGAACAGCAUCAAAAUCGCCAUCCAGAAACAACUCAGACAGGUCUCAUAGAGACAGGCACCGGGGAUACAGAGAUAGAGCGGCCUACCGGGAUAGGGACGGCCACAGAAGAAGGUCUAGGUCGAAAUCGCGAUCGAGGUCGAGAAGCAGAAGACACAGAUAA